AAGGCAUAAAUAGGGGUGGUGGCUGAAGCAGACAGCAGACCCAGCCCAGCACCACCAUGCUCGCUCUGGAGGCUGCACAGCUCGACGGGCCACACUUCAGCUGUCUGUAUCCAGAUGGUGUCUUCUAUGAUCUGGACAGCUGCAAACACCCCAGCUACCCUGACUCAGAGGGGGCUUCUGACUCCCUGUGGGGCUGGGACCUCAGUCCAGCUGUCCCAGCCACAUCCUAUGAAGCCUUCAACCCAGCUGUGGCCAACUUCAGCCAUCCUCAAGGUAUCCAGCUCUGUUACGGACCCUCGACCUACAGCCCCGUGGGGAGCCUGGACCCAGCCCCCAGUGUAGAGGCCCCGGGGCCCAGCUUCCCAGCAUACCCCACGGAGGACUUCACCAGCCAGACCAUGGGCCCCCCGGCGUAUGCCCCGUACCCCAGCCCUCUGCUGUCGGAGGAGGAAGACCUCCUGCUGGACAGCCCAGCCCUGGAAGUUUCAGACAGCGAGUCGGAUGAGGCCCUCAUGGCUGGCCCUGAGGGGAGGGCAUCUGAGGCAGGGACCCGCAAGAAGCUCCGCCUGUACCAGUUCCUGCUGGGUCUGCUGACGCGCGGAGACAUGCGCGACUGCGUGUGGUGGGUGGAGCCAGGCGCCGGGGUCUUCCAGUUCUCCUCCAAGCACAAGGAGCUCCUGGCGCGGCGCUGGGGCCAGCAGAAGGGCAACCGCAAGCGCAUGACCUACCAGAAGCUGGCGCGCGCCCUGCGCAACUACGCCAAGACCGGAGAGAUCCGCAAGGUCAAGCGCAAGCUCACCUAUCAGUUCGACAGCGCGCUGCUGCCUGCCGCCCGCCGGGCCUGAGCCCAGUGGGGGGCUCUCCCGGGCUCCGCGUCUGCGUCACGUUGGUGUCCCCACACUCUAGGUCAUAGGACCCGUGGAUUUCCCACGCUGUUGGGGGUGGGGGGCUGCCAUAAUCCCUAAGCUCUUGCCCAGGGUCUCCACCCCACCCCAGUCAUGUCUGGGGCCCCUCUGGGAUUUCCUUGUCAUGUUCGGGAUCCGCCAGGAUCCUCGUGUCUUGGGUCACAGAACCCAUGGAGGACUAUACUCUGUCUGUGCUGAGGGGGUGGGCAGGACCCUGCUUCCAGAUCGCCUUGUGGUGUAGAGAUCGUCCAACCAAGCUCUCUGAGCUCCCUUGUGUGUCUGGGAUUCCUCAGUCUCAUCUGGGGAGGGUGAGCUCACAGCUCAUCACACAGGGAGGGGGUUGCUGCUUGUAACCCUAAGCCCCGUUCAGCCAGGGUCUCUCUGGGAUCCCCUUCUCAUGUCUGACACUCUCCUGUUAGAUCUGAGAUCUCCUACUUCUGUCUGGGGCCUUCUGGAAACCCUCUAUCGUGCCUCAAAUCUCUAUGCCCAUCUGUGACUCUCUUGUCCUAUUCCCCAAAAUAUGUUUGUCAUCUUGAGAUCCCCCAAUUCUCUGGAACCACUGUGCUAUCACUUUUUGUGUGUGUGUCUGGAAUUCUCCAAUCACAUCCAGGGUACCUCUGGGAUCCUUUAGGCAUGUCUAAAAACAACCUUGUCAGGUCUAUGGGAGACCUCAGUGAACUCUGUCUUGUCCAAUCACAUCUGGGGCCUCCCUGGGAUCCCCUAUCUGCUCUGCCCCUUUGGGGACCCCAUUAGCAGACCUGAGUUCUCACAGGGACCCUCCUCUUCCUGGGGUGCCCUCUGUAGGGUCAAGCUAGAGGUCAUUCUGGCCAGUCAACUGAUUUCUGGGUGAUCUUGGCAGCUCUCGCAUGUCAUCUCUAACCAGAGGUCUCACAUUGGUACCUCUACCCCUCUAGCUCCCUUUGGGGCAAAUCAGAUCUCUGGUGGUGGGUCCUUCUUUAGUUCCCUGCAGCAGUGAGGGAGAUUUUACAAACUCCUUCCCUUCAGACUUUGCACGAUCCAGCAAAGGUGGGCAGCUUUGCGGUGCAGAGAGGCUGGAGGAGGGUGCCGGGCACCCUUAACGGGGUGCCUGUUCUCCAGUCUGUCCCAGUCCCCACUGCCCCUGGCUGUCAGACCCCCAGUGGCUUCUCUCAGUCGGCUAUUGGCCCCUGACCAUUUGUGUUUUCAGCCCUGGUGUGAACCCACGGAGGUGAAGCUUGGGUUCACCGUGGGAGCUCUGAUUUGAACCCUGUGGGGGUGUCACAGACUGUGGGCUAAAAUGCCAGAAUCUCAGUCCUUGAGUCUUCGUGAUCUAGGAUGAAAGACUUGCUGCUUCUGGGCCUCAGUUUGUCCCUUCUGUGAAAGGGGAGAGGAGGAGGAGAAGGAAGAUAGAAAAAGUCCCUUGCAGCCCUGCUGAGCCUUUGAUGCAUCUUCUGGAAAUCUAUCCACCACCCAUUCAUUGACAUCCAGGAGGAAGAGGACAAGGAAGGAACUUCAAGGACCCAGAGAGGGAAAAGGUCCUUAUGUCCCUCCAAAGGACAGCACACACCUUCACUUCACACUGGAAUGGGGGCAGGGUGGGAAGGGAGUGCUAGGGACAAAAUGUUCCCAGGGCUUCCUCUUGCAAAUGAGGUACCUUUUGCAAAAACUAUCAUCAUCACCCCAAGUGUGGAAUAAAAUAAAAUAAAACAAAUCAAGGUA